AUGUAUGACCGAGCCCCUCGGGAGACCACGCUAGCCAAUGUCACCAGCACUGACGUGCACGUGGGGCCUGGCUCCUAUCAGGUGUCUUUCAAGAAGCACGAAGUGUCAGAUGGAUAUGCUCCAUUUCUUUCUUUGGCAGCUCGAGAAAGUAUUCCUCCUGAGGAGGAUGCCCCAGGACCAGCUCACUACCAUAUUGGAAAGUUAAAGUACAAUAUAAAAGGAGGCCUGAGUCUGAAAAACAAGGAGGCACGGUUUAAGAAGUUUCGUUCAGAAAAUCCAGGACCUGGAACCUAUAAUCAGGCUUGUUUUGGAGCCUUGCAGAUAAUAAAUAAGACAAUGAAGGAUGUUAAACAACGCUGUCUUUUGAAAGCUCCAAAAAUAUUUAAAGUUGCCAGAAAUGUGGAUGUACCUUCCAUUCCUUCCCCUGGACAGUCACAUGGUUAUUCUGUACAAGCAGAUGGCUCUAUUCUAAGACAGAGUCCACCUUUUGUUGAUAAAACACUGGGUCCAGCAUUCUACAAACCAUUAUUUGAUGCUUCUGAUUCAACUUUGAAAUACAAAGGAAUACAUUUUGGCAACCAGUCAGGAAGACGAGAUCUUCCAAUACUGGAAGGGCCUGGUCCUGGAGAGUAUGAUAUAGUUCAGGAAAGUGCACUGCAUUAUGAGAAUGUUAAUAUCAAGAAAGAAGAUAGAACAAAAACUUGUCCUUUUCUCCCACGUUAUCAUGAGGUAAUAGUACUACAAGAAGAAAAAAAGGGAGUACCAGGCCCUGGGAGUUAUGAUAUUAAAAGGCAGUUUGGAGAUAUAGAAGAUAUGACUUCGAGUGUAAAUGAAACACAUCCUGCUUUCCUUUCACAAUGCCAGCGAUUUGUACCUGUGAAAUCAUUCACUCCUGCUCCUGGUACAUAUGAUGACCAUCGAACAGCUCUUGAGAGCUUGAAGAGGUUACCAGGAACAAAAAGAACCCCUUUUGGUCGAACUUCUAUUCGCUUUACACCAGACUAUUGUAUCACAGCAACACCAGGUCCAGGGUGGUAUAAUAUUUUAAAAGGAAGUUCUCCACUUGACAAUUUAGAAAGUCAGAUUAUGCAGAGAAGAAAUAAAAGUGCAUUUGGAUCUUCUGCUCCUCGAAAAUUCUUUACUAUUAAAGAAGAAGACUUUCCAUUUCCUGGUCCAGCUGAUUAUCAGAUUAUAUCAGUGUCUCAAGAUUCACUGAGGAGGUGUAGGGAGUCAGCUACCUUCAAGUCAAAAGUAGAAAGAAAACAUAAAAUAACAGAGGAUACUCCACCACCAGGCUACUACGACAUUCAAAAAUCAUUUGAGAAAUCAUAUGGCAAACCUAAAUACAUGCCACCUCGCACUUGCAUGGCCAGAAAGAUGCAUAACUGUUUCCUAAGUUCAUCUCCUAGGCUUUUAGAUAUCAAGAAAGAAGGGCCAGGACCUGCUGCAUACAAUCCAGUUCUCAAGACAUGUUGCAAAGUGUCCUGUUUUCCUAAAGAAGAAAGGCGCUUUUUGGAACCUAAGUAUCUAACUCCUGGUCCUGGGACUUAUAAGCUAAGUAAAGUUUUCAGAGACACUGUGCUGAAAGGAACCUUUAAUGCUACCCUAAGGAAUCCUUUAUUGAAUGGGGCAGAAAAUGAAUGUAAGGAUCAAACAAUCAAAAUACAAUUCCAACAGGGGAGCAAACCUUCUUCUUAA